CCCUCUUCUUUCUCCCCGGCUGCCUCCGUCAACCGCUCCGCUCUCGUCGCAGCCAUUUUACGGCGGAGCGUCAGCGCGGCGGCGACCGGAGGAUGCCGAGACAGCGCGGUUAAGAGGCAUGACAUCAUGAAGAAGAAAGUUGACACAGUGGCUGAAAAUGGCGAAACUUCAGCUUCUCCCCCUCAAAAAAAGGACGCUAAAAUGGCUAAUGCUGCGCGAGGUCCGACGGUCGGCCGACCGUCGCAAUUUGCCAACGAGGAGCAGCGGGCCGUUCACUCCUGGUCCAGAAUCGCGUCGGCCGGCCACGCCGUCCUCCUGGAGGCGGUGAAGAUCCUCAGCCCCACGUCUCGGGAUCUCUCCAGCACCGAAGAGCUGGUCACCUUCCUGCAGGAGCUGAGCGAGGAGGGCCACAAGCCCACCGUGCUACGUAGCAAGGACGUGUACGGCUACCGCUCGUCCACCACCCAGCCCCUGACCCAGGACAGGCUCAAGCCGCCCGCCCGGAAUGUCAAGCCCGUAGCCAAGAAACGGCGAAGGGUUCGCGUGAAGAAACGAGAGGUGCACCCUUCCUGGAACGUCUUGCGAAGGGGCAACCCCAGGAUCCAGGGGGUUCCGCCUCCCGAGCUACUGAUGGACCAGCGCGCUAUCCUCUACAACAAGACGCCCGUUUGGACUUCGGAGAUCUCCCAGGCGCCCCCGGUACAGUCGUGCCUCAGACUGACUAAUAUCAAAGGUCUGUCCGGUUGCCACACGGCCAGACUCCAGAUCCAAACCACGUGGGACGUGCCCCAUAAGACGCUCCCGGCUAUCGUUUUACAAAGGCCUCCCCCACAAGCACUUUCAGGAAUACCGUUGCAGCCUUCCCAGAACGGCGCCGUGGCCUUGUUCAGCCAGAAGAACCUGUCGUGCCCCGUCCGACUGGACGGCGCCCUCAUCGGCGACUCGGCCCCGGUGUUCCACACCAACGGCCGGGCUUUCCCGCAGACUCACACGGAGCUCACCAGCAACGGCUGGGGGGGCGACGGCCUCCGCCGGAACGGACUGAGCCCGAAAGAACUGACGCUCCCCACGCGGCAGAGAAACCGCUGGCGAGACAAGAGGCGCUUACGCUCCAAGGUGGUCAAAGUGGACGACUCCCGCUCGGUGGACGAGGCCCGAUGGAAAGCGCAGAAAGUCCUGCAGGUCAACCUGUCCCCCGUGAUCCAGAUCCGCCCGCUCAACCACGUGCUGAGUGACUUCCGAUACCAGAACUGAAACGGACCGUCCCUCUGAGCGUAGGCGCCGUUUUGUUAGUUAGUGUCAUACGUCUGUCCCUUUUUUUUUUUUUUAUGACCCAGUUCGCAGCAGAAUUCUUUCCUUUUCGUCAUCUGGCGCAGGCCGGUGCGCGUCGGGAUUUUCCGAAACGCGUUUCCUAGCGGGCUGGGAAAUGACUUUCCGCCCCAUGCUAGUACCCGAGAGCGAUUCCGCUUUGGCUACCGUUUCUCGUGGUCUUAAAAACUCGAAAGAACCCAUGUUUCCAGAGUACGGUCGAAGAAUUCCGUUUGGUUUCAGGACGGAAGUGGACAUUACGCUUCCGUAAAUCCUGCAGGUCAGCCUGUAACCCGUGAUCCAGAUCAGCCCGCUCAACCACGUGCUGAGAGUGUUCCAAUACCAGAACUGAAACGGACCGUUCUUCCGAGAGUACGUGUCGUUUUCAAGUUUGUUUCCUGGAAUGAAACUCUGAAUCUGAUCUGAAUUCAGAAUUUUUUUUUAGUUUUUGGCAUCUGGGUUAGGGCGGUUCAGGGCUGUGUGUCGGAAUUAAACGCGUUUAAAGUCGGGACUCGCUUUUCCUAGCAGGCUGGAAAAAUUUCUUUCCGCAGAAUGCUAGUACCGAAGAGCGAUUCCGCUUUAGCUACUGUUCCUCGUGGUCUUAAAUUUUUUCGAAAGCAUCUUUUUUCUCAGAGUACAGUCGAAGAAUUCCGUUUGGUUUUGAGAAACGCAAAAAAAUCCUGCAGAUCAGACCGAUACCAGAACUGAAACGGACCGACUUCCGAGAGUACGCGUUGUUUUCAGCUUUAUCUUCAUUACAACAAGUGCAACGAAAUUCCAAAAUUUUGUUUGUUUCCUGGUGUGAAAUUUCGUUGUACUUGUUUUAACUGAAUCUGAUCUGAAUGAUUGUUUUUUUUUAACCCAGUUUGGAACGAAAUUCUUUUGUUUUUGGCAUCUGGGUUAGGGCGGUUCAGGGCUGCGUGUCGGGAUUUUCCGAAACAAGCUUAACAUCGGUAGUCGCUUUUCCUAGCGGGCUGGAAAAUGCCUUUCCCCCAACGUUACGCUCAAAGUCCUCCGUUACGUUUCAGGAAAUGCAGAAACGUAAAAUUCGAAAACACCGGUUUUCCCAGAGUAUGGUCAUAGAACUCUGUUCUGAAUCAGGACAGAAACUUAAACACAAGAAUCCUGGGGGUCAGCCUGUCCCUUGUGAUCCAGAUCCACCCGAUCAACCACAUGCUGAGAGAUUUCCGAUACCAGAACUUAAACGGACCGUUCUUCCGAGAAUACGCGUUGUUUUCAGCUUUAUCAUCAUUACAAGUGCAACGGAAUUUCAUUCCGAAAUUUCGUUUUUUCUGGUGUGAAAUUUCGUUGCACUUGUUUUAACUGAAUCUGAUCUGAGUUAGUUUUUUUAAAACCGGAUUGCAUCGAAAUUCUUUUCGUUUUUGGCAUCUGGGUUAGGGUGGUUCAGAGCUGCGUGUCGGGAUUUUCCUAAACUCGUAUAAAGUCGGAAAACGUCUUUCCGCCGAAUGCUAGUACCCAAGAGCGAUUCGGCUUUAGCUACCGUUUCUCGUGGUUUUAAGAAUUCCCAGAGAGAAUUCCGUUUGAUUUUAGGAAACACAGAAAAUCCUGCAGGUCAAAGUGUCCCUCGUGAUCCAGAUCAGCCCACUCAACCGUGUGCUGAGAGAUUUCCGAUACCAGAACUGAAACGGACUGUCCUUCAGAGUGUGCAUGUCGUUUUCAGAUUUAUCGUCAUUACAACAAGUUCAACGAAAUUUAAUUCCGAAAUUUUGUUUCCUGGAGCCAACAUUCUUUGCACUUGUUUUAACUGAAUCUGAUCUGAAUUCUUGUGGUUUUUUUAACCCGGUUUGCAAUGACAUUCUUUUGUUUUUUUUGCAUCUGGGUUAGGGUGGUUCAGACCUGCGUGUCGGGAUUCUCCUAAACGCGUUUAAAGUCAGAACUCGCUUUUCCUAGCGGUCUGGAAAAUGUCUUUCCGGCAAAUGCUAGUACCCAAGAGCGAUUCGGCAUUAGCUACCGUUACUCGAGCUCUUAAAAAAUCGAAAGCAUCUGUUUUCUCUGAGUACGGUCGAAGAAUUCUGUUUGGUUUCAGGAAACGUAGAAAAUCCCACAGGUUAAAGUGGUGUCCCUUGUGAUCUAGAUCAGGCCGCUCAACCGCGUGCUGAGAGAUUUCCAAUACCAGAACUGAAACGGACCGUCCUUCCGAGUGUGCGCAUUUUUCAGCUCUAUGAUCAUUACAACAAGUGCAACGAAAUCACUUGUUCUAACUGAAUCUGAUCUGAAUUCUUGUUUUCCUAACCUGAUUUGCAUUGAAAUUCCUUCGUUUUUGGCAUCUGAGUUAGGGUCGACCAGGGCUGCGUGUCGGGAUUUUCCUAAACGUGUUUAAAGUCAGGAAUUGCUUUCCCUGGCUGGAAAAUGUCUUUCUGCCUAACGCUAUUACCCAAGAGCGAUUCGGCUUUAGAUACCGUUUCUCGUGGUCUUCAAAAUUCCCAGAGCACAGUCAAAGAAUUCCCUUUGGUUUCAGGACUGAAGUGGACACCAUGCUUCUGGAAAGCACCAUUAAUCCCAGAGUACAGUCGAAGAGUUCCACCGUUUAGUUCCAGAACGGACAUUACCGUACUUCCGGAAACGUUUAUGAACAAAGAAACCCUAACCGCAGAAAAAUCCUGCAGACGUUUACGAACAAAGAAACCCUAACCGCAGAAAAAUCCUGCAGGUCAAAGUAUCCCCGGUGUUCCAGAUCAUCCCGCUCAACCACAUGUGGAGUGAUUUUCGAUACCAGAACUGAAACGGACCGUCCUCCAGAGUGUGCGCGUCGUUUUCAGCUUUAUUGUCAUUACAAGUGCAACGAAAUUUCAUUGCAAAAUUCCGUUUAUUUUCGUUGCACUUGUUGUAAUCACAAUAAAACUGAUUUUUUUUAGUUAGUGUCCCGGUUUU